AUGCCACAGAGUGCAAAUGAUCAUACUGGUGAAGGAUUCAUUUUUACCCUGGACUACCCUGGAGCUCGCAGCUCAAGCCCAGGACAAGAUGCAACCAGUGAGUCUGUUCAGAGCACCGAGAUGGACACUCCUACCAUACUUACUUGGAUGGUUCUCCUCCUCAGCUCGACCUGUCAUGCUGAAGAGGAUGCAGAAGAUUUCAACUGUCCAGAACACCAGAAAGGAUUUGAUGAUGCUUGCUAUGAGUUUGUGGGUAUGCAGCUGUCCUUUCUGAGAGCCCAGGCCUGGUGUGAACGAGGCGGUGGUCAUCUCGUCUUCAUCCUCAACGAUGAAACGCAGCAGUUCCUUCAGACGCACUUGGAGCCAGACAAGAACUGGUGGCUUGGGCUGGCACCGGCAGCUCCAAAUCUCACGCUGGAUAUUGAUGCAACUGAGGGUUCUCUUGCAUGGUUAGAUGGUUCAGAUGUUAGCUACAGUAACUGGAUUGAUCCUCCACUGCCACGGGCAAAAUGUGGACAUAUCCUGAGAGAUGCUGGCUUUGAGUGGGAGGCCACAGAAAAUUGUACCCAGGAACACAGCUUCAUUUGCCAGUUUGAUGCUGGAAGAACGAUUGCAUGUGAAGGCCAAAAUGCCACAUUGCAGUGUGGUUCUGGUCAAGUUAUAGAGAUAGAAGAUUCUUUUUAUGGUCGAAAGACCAUUCAUUAUUGCAGGUCCAAACCUGCAGCCUCAGGCACAUUUUCCCAGGAGGAGUGCAGCUGGAUAAAUGUGGUUGAUUCUGUAAUAGCUCAGUGCCACGGACUACAGGCGUGCCAAGCUUCAGUGGAUCCAGCCUCUUUUGGUGAACCUUGUCUCGUGCUGGGAAGUUACCUUGCUGUAGAGUACCACUGCAAAUAUGGACUUCAUUUACUGAUGACAAAACUGGCCUCAGUCUUUGAUAAUGUCACCAUCACUGUGAAGUGGCUCCUCCAUCCAUUCCAGGGAAACUUAACAUGCACAGUGAAUGCUGGAGACGGCCACAUUAUCGAUCCGUACACCCCAGAAGAGAUGGAGAGCAAAAUUUUGCACAGAUUUCAACAACCUGGAUUUUUUAUGGUUGUGGUGGAGUGCACUACCAAUGACUGGCAUGUCACUGCUCAGAGAGGCAUAACCAUUCAGGAGCCGGUUAGGGAGUUUAACGUCAUCAAAUGCUAUAGCAGGAAUAUGGCAACCAAUGGCACUAAAUGCAACGCGCAGUAUGGCUGGCCUGUUCAGAUCCAGCUUCAGGUGGAGGCUGGCACGAGUGUUUCCUACACAAUCAAUCAUGAGGCUCAUAUGAUUGCAAAUUCUACUGUGGAAACAGGAGUUAUACCUCAUAACAUCACAAUAACCACAAGUAUGGUGCAGAAUCUGGGACAUGGCUGCCAUAAUUUGACCCUAGCUGCAUCUAACAGAGUCACAACCCGCAUGGUGUCCACUGAUCUGGUCCUGUGUCUGCUGGAGCCUGUUCAUGGCCUGCACGCUUCUGUGAUAGCAGAGGCAGACGCGUGUCCAGAGUCCACUGAUCUCAUCAUCGGUGUCACAUUGGAGCGAGGGACAGCGGUGGAGCUGGUUUUUAAUCUCACUGGAGCCGAGGACACACUGACUGAGACCAGAAGCAUGCUGAAUAUCAGUUUGCAAACCUACACCUUCUCUAACCCACUUGAAGGAUUUCGCAGGCUGAAAGUAAGAGCCAUGAAUGCCUUGUUGACCUCUGACGUGGAUACUGGCUUUAUGGACUUGAGAAUUACUGCUUCCCCUGACAAAAUGGUUGACCACACUCAAAAGGUCACACUGAUGUCAAAUGGGAUGGAAUCCUUUCCCAGAAAUGGGACUGCAUAUGAGUGGAAAUGUAUGGGAAACUGCAGAUGCAGAAACAUUGCAAAGGAUGAAAUUCACAUUGUUGAAAAAGACUGCCUUCCAGAUCCAUUUGAAUUUUUAAAAUAUAUUUUAACUGUGAGGAAAAGAACUUGGUUUAGGAAAGGGGGCGAUGUUGCUUCAGUGUCCAAGUGCAUCACUGUGGCACCUUCAAUUGAAUUUACAGAUAUCACUAUCAGUUGUGAAAAUUGUGAUUCUCUAAAUGAGGGUGACCAUGCAAAACUAAGACUUAGAUGUGAGACAACCUGCCCAGAUGUAGUUUGGUUUAUGGAAGAUCCCAAACCUUUGGCUGGUGACUUAGCUGAAUGCUACUCAAAGGCAGGAAGCAGACCAGCUAUUGAAAAACAGGAUGGCAACACUGAAUUUACCAUUCACAGCCAGUAUCUACAAGCUUCCAGGCGCUUGCGGCACAACAUCACCGUGAUUGCUUAUGGCAAGACCGUGCCUGGUUUUGUCAAAUACAGUCUUCCAGUACCAACUCAUGACCCGGUGCUGACGACCGAUGCACCCGCUGUUGCUUCCUGUAACAUCUCCCCGCGCUCAGGAACAGUGCUUGAUCCUUUUGACAUUACCUGCAAGGCAACACCUUUCUGCUCCACGGGCUGUCUUUACUGCUUCAAGACCAGCACAGGCAAACAUCUACGAUGCAGCAAUUCAAAUGAGUUGAAAUCCAUCUUCUUGCCCUCUGGAGAUGAGAACAACGACUACAAUUUGUCUGUUUUGGUAACCGUGAAAAAUGAGUACACAACAACAACUACAGAGAUCGCCACCAAGGUACGAAAAAGUAGUGACAGCACCUCCAUUAGGACCCUGCAGUCUGCAGUGGAGGACACUCUGAGUAGUUUAGAGCAACAAGGCCUUCUCUCCGGUGAGGCACUUGGACAGAUAUUCACUUCAGUUUCUGAUAUUCUGAACUCAGAGUCUGGCCAAGAUCACAAGGAUGCAAAGUCAAAACUCAGAGGGCAAAUGUUGAACAAAAUGACAACCGUUCUACUGGAUUCCCCAAGCAACACCACUCAGGAAGUGGAAGUGACAGCUAGAGCCGUGGCAGGCCUCACACAGAUCACAGAUGAGCUCAGCCCUGCCGCUCAGGAAGAAGCAGGUUCGUUGUUGGUAGACCUCAGCUCCUCCCUAAAGACCUUCAGUGUUAAUCAGCACGGAGCAGAUGAGGAAGAAGUCAUGCAAGCAGCUACACCAAUCGUAGAUGCAGCUAGUAAUAUUCUGAAUGUUUCAUCAAAUAAAAAAGUCUCAGAUUCUCUUCUGAUUGGGAUAAACAACAUUCAGAGUGUUUUACUGAAUAACAAAAAGCUGAAUGGACAUCCUACUAUCAUUGAUUCUGACCAGAUCAGUGUGUAUGUUAACAGAAUAUCUUCAGAAGACAUGAAAAUUCAGGGAAUAAAUGUCCAAAAGAACAGCUCCUCCAGAUUUACGCUCCCCUUACUGCCUGCUGAUGUCAUUUCUCCAGAUGAGACAGUGGAUGUUAGAAUGAUGACUUUUGAGAAGAAUCCAUACUCUUGGAAGGAGGAAAACAUCACAGGAGCCGUGGGGUCCCUUUCUUUAACCAGAGCGAAUGGCACCGUCAUACCUGUUGAGAACUUGCCUGAAGAAAUAGAGAUUCUCCUACCCAGGCUUGACACUGGACAGGAAAACAGCACAGUCAUUGACCUCGCCAAUUUCAGCACAUUGAUGAUUGACAUACCGUCUCCAGAUGUUACACUAGUGCUGAAAAUGGAGCCCUCUGAAGAAAUUUCAUUAAUGCUGUUCCUCGGAUAUAAAGAUUACCCAAGUAAUGACAACUAUGUAGCCAAGACUCUGAUCCCUCAAGAGCAUGGAAAUGAAGAUGAAAAAUUUACCUGGGUGCUGAGGCCCAGAGACAGAACUGGAGAUGCUGGAGUCCAUUACCUUGUUAUAAAGCCAGUUGUGGAGCCUGGCGUCAAAUCGAUCAAUGCUACCGUCACUGUUAUUUCUAUCGCUGCCCAGUGCAAAUACUGGAAUGAAACAUUGUCCUCUUGGAGUGAAGAUGGCUGCAGAGUCGGGCCUCUCACCACACCCUUGGUGACUCAGUGCCUCUGUAACCACUUAACUUUCUUUGGCAGCUCUUUCUUUGUCAUGCCAAACUUAGUGGAUGUCUCUCGCACUGCUGAGCUUUUUGCCACAUUUGCCAACAAUCCUGUGGUGGUUUGUUUUGUGGGUGCCAUCUUUGCUGCCUAUCUGCUGGCGGUUGUAUGGGCACGCAGAAAAGACAUCCAAGACUCAGCAAAGGUCAAGAUAACAGUUCUUGAGGACAAUGACCCCUUGGCUGAGUACCGUUAUAUGCUGACUAUCAGCACAGGGCACCGACAUGGUGCGGCUACGUCCUCUCAGGUGACCAUAACCCUGCUGGGUACCGAGGGAGAAAGUGAACCCCACCAUUUGACAGACUCUGAGAAGCCUGUGUUUGAAAGGGGUGGGGUGGACAUGUUUCUGCUGACCACUCACUUUUCCCUUGGAGAUCUACAGAGCAUAAGAUUAUGGCAUGACAAUUCUGGAGAUCACCCUGCAUGGUAUGUCAAUAAAGUGAUGGUGCAGGAUUUGGAAACGGGUCAGAAAUGGCAUUUUCUGUGUAACUCCUGGCUGGCCGUAGAUGUGGCCGAGUGCACUCUUGACAAAGUCUUCCCAGCAGCAACAGAGACGGAUUUGAAGAGAUUUAGUAAUUUGUUCUUCAUGAAGACGGCCAAAGAUUUCCAAGAUGGCCACAUCUGGUUCUCUGUUGUUAGUCGACCUCCCAGCAGCACUUUCACGCGCGUGCAGCGAGUGUCCUGUUGUUUUUCCCUUCUGCUCUGCACCAUGCUGACCAGUAUCAUGUUUUGGGGAAUCCCCACUGACCCCUCUGAGCAGACUAUGGACCUAGGUCACAUUGAGUUCACCUGGCAACAAGUGAUGAUUGGAAUUCAAAGUUCAAUCAUCAUGUUCCCCAUCAAUCUCUUAAUUGUGAGCAUCUUCAGAAACACUCGUCCUCGAGAGAAAGCAUCCAAAAUGGAUCAGAGAGCUUCAAAACAGGGGAACACAGUGAAAGUUUCCCCCUCACAGACCUCAUCCCCUCAGAAAGAAAUUAAGGACAUCACUCCAGAUACCGUGAUAAAGGACAUCAAGAGAAUUGCUCAGUCACUCUCAAAGGCAGUGAAGAGUCCACUGCCACAUCUGGAGCUCCAUCCUGGUCAGCAUGCUGACAUCAACACUCUACUGUCUCUGGUGGAGGACAUCAUCAGACAGCAGAAUCGAACAGCUGGAGACUUCUACACUGACACUUUGAAAAGCGAUCGAACUAUGAUCCUCCAUUUAGGUGGAGUGAAUCUCCAAGAAAACAAUGUAUGGGAGAGCCCAGAAAGGACAUCUGAUGACAUUCAGAAGAAGAGCAACAACAGCAGAUACCUCUACAGGCAGCUGCAUCACGUUGAGAAGGAGCUCGGUCUGUUGGGACCGUCUCGUUUUCCUAACUUAGACAGCUACAACAAGGCCAUGCACCAAGUGCAAGGGAUGAAAAAUCAUUUGGAGUUCCACCUGCUGUCGUCCAGCCUUGACGGGGAGCAGUCCAAUCACAGCCCCAGCUCAGACGAGAGUAUUGACGGCAGCUCUAACAAGAAACACCACCAAGGAGGUCUGCCAUGGUGGUUUGUUUUUGUUGGGUGGACAUUGGUGAUAGCAACCAGUGGAGUGUCAGGAUACUUUACGAUGAUGUAUGGGCUGACCUAUGGGAAAGACCGCUCUAUAAGUUGGCUUAUCUCCAUGGUGGUUUCCUUUUUUGAAAACGAUCCUGAUGCUGUGCGGAUAGCGAGAAGAGACAGCACAAGCAGUUUCUAUCAACCACCACCUCCUACUGACGUGGAGAGGUUGCGGAGUAACAUGAUUAAAGAGCAGAAAGUCUUUGCCCUCAUCAGAGAGAUUCUUGCCUACGCUGGAUUUAUGUGGAUGUUACUGCUGGUGGCAUAUGGUCAGAGGGACCCCAACGCUUAUUUUCUGACACAACACAUUCGACAAAGCUUCAGCAAAGGCAUCUCAGAUACCAUGAGUAUUCAGGAUGUCUUCGACUGGGCUAACACAACUUUGCUGGCUAACUUGUUUGGAGAGCAUGCAGGAUUCAUCACGGAUGGAAAUUCGAAGCUGGUGGGCAAUGCUCGAGUCCGCCAGAUUAGAGUACAGAAAAACUCCUGCCACAUAGCUCGCUCCAUGCGGCACACUGUGCCUGGAUGUCAUGCUCCAUACUCAUGGGAACUGGAAGACAUGGGCUCUUACGGCCCAGGCUGGAGUCAGUCUGAGGGUCAUAAUGCCUCACUGACCCCUCACAGCCCUUGGACAUACAAGUCUCAGAGGAAACUAAGGGCUUACCCCAUCUGGGGUAGUGUAAGGCUCUACAGAGGAGGGGGGUUUGUGAUGGAUCUGGGGCCAGAUUUACAAAAUUCAAGCAGAAUUCUUCAGUAUCUUCAUGACAACACCUGGUUUGAUAUGUACACCCAGGCAAUCUUCAUUGAGUUUACUGUUUACAAUGCAAACGUCAACCUUUUCUGCAUUGUAACACUGAUGCUGGAGACUACAGCCAUAGGAGCUUUCGAGUUCCGCAGUGAGCUUCAAACUGUUCGUCUUUACCAGUCAACUGGUGGCCUCCACAUUUUUGUUAUGGCCUCUGAGGCUGUUUAUUUUCUCUUUAUCAUCUAUUACAUGUUUAUUCAGGGAAAGCUAAUGAAGGCACAGAGAUGGGCUUAUUUCAAGAGUAAGUGGAAUCUGCUUGAGCUGGCGAUAAUCAUUCUCAGCUGGAGCGCUCUCUCUGUCUUCAUCAAGAGGACUUUACUGGGAAAGAGGGACAUAAGCUAUUAUCAGGACAACAAAGAACAAUAUGCCAGUUUCCAUGAAACAGCGAAGGCUGAUGCAGUGCUCGGGUAUCUGAUUGCCUUUCUGGUACUGCUGGCUACAGUCAAGCUGUGGCACCUGCUGAGACUGAACCCCAAGCUGCACAUGAUCACAGCCACGCUGCAGCGAGCCUGGACUGAUAUUUCAGGCUUCCUGGUGGUCAUGAUAGUCAUGUUCUUGGCCUACUCCAUUGCUUCCAACCUGAUGUACGGGUGGAAGCUGUAUUCUUAUCGGACUCUGCUUGAUGCUGCACAAACCAUAGUCAGCUUGCAGCUUGGUAUUUUCAACUACGAUGAGGUUCUGAAUUACAAUCCAGUUCUCGGAGCGUUCCUCAUUGGCUCCUGCAUUGUGUUCAUGACCUUUGUGGUGCUGAACCUCUUCAUCUCUGUCAUUCUUGUGGCAUUCAGUCAAGAGCAGAUACAUCACAAGCCAUCAGAAGAGGAGGAGAUUGUGGACCUGAUGCUGAUGAAGCUCUGCAGUUUGUUUGGGCUCAAAUGUAAGAAACAGUCAGGUGAUUGUUCAACUGUGAAGCAAUUUGUUUCAUCUGUCCCAGAUCACAAACUCUCGACAGUUUCUUCUGGCAAUAUUCAGGAUGGAUUAUAUGUCCCCCCUACUUAAACAUUAGAAGAACCUAAGGCAGCUUCACUUCUGUCAUUGCUGUUGUAUUGGAGGCAUCAUUCAUAUCAUGUUGUUGCUUUAUAACUGAGCAUUAGUCCAUGCAAGUUAAUGUAUGACCAGCUGCAGAUCUGUAACUGUUAUAUGGGUAGAUAGCAACUAGCAAAAAGCAAAAUGUAUAGGGACAAUGCGUAUAUUAUUCGCUAAGAUAUUAAAUUCAUGAUACAGUAUAUCAUCCAACAAAUAAAUUUGUGCUUCAUGUGAUUAAACGGUCUGUAGUAUAAUAUCCUUUGUUUUGGAUAUCAGUGGAAUUAUGUGUUAUCAUCAUAGGAUACUUUAAGACAUUUCAGAAUGUAUGCUUUAUUAUCUAUUUCAGCAGCGGUAGGCUCAACUUGGUGAGCCACUUCUAACAGACAGUAGUGAUGUGGAAGAAUGACAAAAAAAUAAGAUAAGUUUAUUGCAAAAAAAGUGAAAAAAAUGGAACAUUUAUUUUCAAGGAGCAUAAUAUUUCACUGACAAUCCACAUCAAAUAUGUUACUUUUGAGAGUAAGCCAAGGUCCUGUUUGGAGGUUUAAAUAAGAACUUGAAACAUUGAUGAGGUGGCUGCAUUAAACCGUACUGGGUUUAUGUGGUACUACCUUUGAAUGUGCAUGUCGUUAAGAUCUAGAUUGGCUUUAUGUAUAAAGUACAGAUACAUAGUCGAAUGUAAUCUAAUCUGCAGAUCAAUUAACCAUAAACAUGAGUCCAUACUUUAGUUGGCAGCUGCUAAUUCACAAGUCAAUGUCAACCAUGCUGCUGUGCUAUGGAAAUAGAUUCCUGUCACUUUCAUGCCCUUUGGCUUGACAAAAAGCUCUAUGUUGAUGGCAUUUUGAAACAGGACUUAGAGAAAGUGUAUCUAUGUGUCAAUCUUGUGAUUAAUGAGACUUGCCCUGAGACGGCCCUGGUUUUCUGUGUGGCUACUUCCCU